GAUAGGUCUUUGUUUUACAAUGCUAGGCAUGGACAUUAUCUGUUUCCAUAUUAGAGAAUCUAUUUAAGUCAUUGUCAAUUCGAUGUUGUGUGUUUAUGUUUGAUAGUGAAGCAUCAGCAGUUAUAUGUUGUAGUUAAGCUAAUAUAGACUAUCCAUAAAAGAGGAAGUAAACAUUGAUUUGGUUAUCAGAAACCUAUACUACAAGAAGAAUGGUGUGACUUAGAUAUUUAAACGCUUAGAUGUGAUUAAACAAAAGUAUCAUCUUUAAAUGCUUAGAUGUUUCAACUUUUGUCUGGGACGAGCGACGCAUGUUUCAUUUAUACAUUUAAGUGAAUGUCAUAUGUUACAUUUAAUGAAGGGUCUUUUUGGAGUGGGGCAUGAUACAAGCUUUGCACCGUACCAGUUUAAAAGAAUAUUCAUCAACUUUUUGUCAUGCACCCGCCCCUAUCCAAUGAGAGUUCUUUGGCAACUUGGACCUGUGAUUGGCCGAGAAUUGUUGGAAUGCUUUGGACUGGAGAGACUCCAGAGGUUAAAGCACUCGAGGAGAACAUGGCUUCAUAUUUUAAUAUGCUGCAAGGGCUUCUUUUGCUCUCCCACUCAAGUACAGUGGGCGCAGGACCUACCCUGUGUUCUUGCAUUCAUGCAUCCAUUAAGCAAGUUGUUGAUAGCAGUUUCUUGUUGAUGAAAGAGUCUGUGUCCUCAUAUGGAUCUAACAACAAAAAACAGAAAUUAUCGAUCCCACAGUUGGUGGGCACUGUCUGGGAAGCUUGUUCUGCUCUUAAGAAGACUCCACCCACCAAUAUUACUGCUAUAGGUCGAGCAAUGACGCAACUUGCCGUUUCCAUGAAGGAUGUACUUCGCGAAAUGAAUGAACUGAAGCCAGCAUCAUCUGAAGUAGCAGAUGAGUUUUCUGUUCAAGAUUCUCCCGAAGGAGAAAGCAAAUCCGAUGAUAGUGAUGAUUCAUUUGGUGGUGAUCUAGGCAAUGAUCUUUCUCCGGAGGAGAUGAAAAUUGCUCAUUUAACUACUGACGUGGUGUCGGAAACACUUGUGGUCAUUAAAGAACUUAUUCGCUCCAUUACUAGCUUGCUUAAGCAGGAAAGUUCCGUGGAUAAUGCUACUUUUGUAGCCUCUCUAGAGAGACUAUUAAAACUUUCUCAGGAAAUUGGAUUGCAAGUUGAUGAACUUGGAGCUUCUCUUUAUCCUCCACAAGAAAUUUCUGCAUUGAGGGCUGCUACAAAGAAGAUCUCAAGUACUAUCGAUGAAACACAGGUGGAGUUGGAAAAACUUAAAGGAUGUUCAGAAGAUUUUGUUAAAGCAUGCACUGGUUUACGGAGUUCAUUGAAACGGCUAGAAGAUGAAUUAGAUCACUCAGAUGCAACUGAUCCAAUGUCUAGGAUGGAAAACCUUGUUAUCGAGUAAUGUUAGUAAAGAAAGGGCAAGGGAACGGGAAGGAGAAAUAGAUGCUCAAUGAGCUUCUUAGUUUGUAGCUACGAGUAUUGAGUAAAAAGUUGUAACAGUUCGUUGGAUGUGUUUUUGGUUUUUGUGACAUUUUGCCAUUAAAUGAAUAUAUAGUUAUUAAACCGUCAAGCUAAUAUAGAGUUGUAGAUCGAAA